UGUGUCCUGGGAGGGAGGACUAGAGGCUCAGGGGAACAUGGUGUGGGUGGGAGGGUUAGGGGGGCAUCUAGCCCAACCUUGAGGGCUUCCCUGAGGAAAGAAAGGGCCCAGUCAAGGCCCCCGGGCACACCCAGGCAGAGUGACAGAAGGGGAGGGAAAGAGGCCAGCAGGAGGGAAGGGAUAAGGUCGUGUGAGGUCGUGGAGGAGGAGGCCAUUCGCAUUUUCUGUGAACACCUGUUACUCCCAGUGCCAGGAAAGGCUAUGAGAAGUGAAAGAACACCAUGAACAAAGUCUUCUGCUCGGGCCUUUAAGCUCAGCCAGUGUGAGGUCACCCUCACCGAGACACUCAGUGGCAGCUCCAGUCACCGCACGGCACUCUGCGGUGAUGGGGACAGGGUGGGGGCAGCCAGAGCCUGCCCAGCCAACAGCCCCCCAGGAGUUGGAGCCUGUGCUUCCCACACCAACCACACCCCUGCUCUGCCAUCCCUGCGGCUGGUGCCAGGGACCGAGUGGACCUGCAGAGCCACGUCUGUCCCUCUGUCUGUCAACCACAGCCGGACCCAGCAAUUCAGGAGGCCUAGUGGGCGAGGGAGGCUGGGGAAAGGCCAGGAGGGUGGGAGGAGGAGUCGGCCACAGAGAAUAAGGGGCCUGCAGGCAGCUGGGGCACCCCAGAACAAAUGCAGGCCACAGAGAAUAAGGGGCCUGCAGGCGGCUGGGGCACCCCAGAACAAAUGCAACACGCCACAGAGAAUAAGGGGCCUGCAGGCAGCUGGGGUGCCCCAGAACAAAUGCAGGCCACAGAGAAUAAGGGGCCUGCAGGCGGCUGGGGCACCCCAGAACAAAUGCAUUUGCCUCAGGCCUUUGCCCCGUUACUCUAGUUCUGAGAACCUGCUCUAAAUAAAGGAGGUAAUUCUGAACUGGGAGACAGGCCCUUUGUGCUCCAGGAUAUUCACUGCAGUGUUACUUACAGAGGCUAAGGAGGAAAGGGGAGGGCAGCAGGGAGAGGAAGGAGGUGGGGGAGAGGGCAGGGGCAGGGGAGAGGGAAAGGAAGGCCCCACUUUUUAUAUACAUACAUUUUUAGAGCGGCUUUAGGUUCACAGCAAAAUUAGAGGAAGGUUACAGAAACUUCACAUAUAUCCUCGCCCCACCCCAGUCUCCCCCAUUAUCAACAUCCCCCAUAAGAGGGUACAGCUGUUUCGCUUGAUGAACCCACACUGACAUGUCAUUAUCACCCGAGUCCACAGAUUUUGGGUUUUUUUUUUUUUCUUUUUGAGACAGGGCCUCACUCUGUCACCAGGCAGUGCAGUGGCACAAUC